AUGUCGCAAUAUCAGCAGGACGAUCUGGCAUAUCCGCACUUUGCCAUCAUCUACAUUGACAGAUACGGCAACCUGCGCCAUGAGACAUCCCAGUCUAUUGCCAAUAGCCGCGAGACCAUCCUGUCGCCAUGGGUUACAGAUGCCUUCCUGAGGGCGGUUGCACGAUCGAAGGAAGUCGUUCCGUCACAUUCCCCAUUUCAGCGUGGAGCAUCACCAUCCCUCCCGCGAAAGACGCCCAAUGGACAUUUCCAUGUACAGCAAAGCCUACAGCACCUCAGGAGGCCCCGCAGUGAAGAAUGCAGCAUGACAAGUAAUCAAAAAGCCCUGAUCAGCAUUAGAGACAAUGACUUUCUGCGGCGGUACUAUGAGAGGGUAUUUCAAAAUCUCCAGCAGACGAACUGCCGAGUCCUGGCAAAAGCCUACAUCAAACUCGUGGAGCCACGCAAGCAGCUGAGUUAUCCUUACAACGGGCGGAAGGUCGUCGCUGGUGAAACUCAAAUGUUGGACCCCGGCGAGACCAAGCCGCCGUGGUGGCCGUCUGAAGUGAGCCACCGAGAACCAGACCAUCUCCUCAAAGCCGAACGCGUUAAACUCCUAGUUCAUAUCCUCUGCGAGCUACGCACUAGCUAUGGCAUCUCCGCCCGGAGACUGAAAGAAGCAGAUGAGCCGAUCCGUUGCCAAAUCUCCCCACCCGAGCGAUUACAAAUACUGGACGAACUAUAUCAGGUCCGAGAGGAAGAAGAAAAGUUUUUAGAGGGGAUCACCGGUACGUGCGCCGUGCUCAAGCAAACUAUCGCGUUGGCCAUAACAACUUACUGGCCGCAGAUGGCAAGGCCGUGGUGGCCAUUUCUCGAGCGAAUCUACCUGACGCAAUCGGGAUCUCAAGCAGUCAUGGGAAAAAGCAGACAUAUUCUAGAUGGGGACGGACACCAGGCUGUCUUUGCGCCCCGCGCGAAUCCCCCCAACUCUCAUUCUACCUCCCCUAGUCCGACACAGAACAUCACGCAGGACCUUCCCAUACACCACUACCGCAACUUUGAUCCUCCGUCGGCGUCGACGUUGCAACAGGAUCCAAAGAGAAAGCGGCAAGAUGUUGUGACGAGUGUUCCUACCACGUCUAGCCAUUAUUCUUUAGGAUAUCACUCUUCUAGCUUCAUGAACUCCCAGCCGUUCUCACCGGAAAGUUACGACGAGCUUCAGAGCCUCCUGCACCAAGUUUCAACCAUCGAACAGCCUACCACGGAGUGUCACGGGGAGUCCAUGGGAACAUAUACUUUCCCGUACUACUUCAAUUGA